UUCUACACGUUACUAACGUGUCUUGUGAACAUGGUCUGUAAUAAUAAUAAAAUAAUAUUUCAAUAACAUUAUCGUUUCAUUAGACGAUCGCACGAUCUGCUCAGUGCAAAUUUGUGAUCGAACAGUCAACAACUAUGUCGGCGUGUCGACUAUCUGUCGUCUUUUGCGUAUGCUUUGGACUAACGGUCUUAUCCGUCUAUGGUGCAGUACCAUUGGAUGAUAUCGUAUUUCCCGAGUCACUGGAUUCGCGAUAUCAACAUUCAUCAAGUGUAGAUUAUAAUAAACCGUCGUUUCCCAGAAGAACUACAAGACAAGGAAAUCGUCGUCCAAGACCACCGACGCCUAACAGGGAAGAUCCAUUUGGAGGGCUCGAUCCACAAACAAACAACCAAGGUGGAAACCAAGGCCAAUGGGGUAACGUAGGUAAUCAAAGGCCAAAUCAACAACAGGGCUUUAAUAAUAGACCAUCUGGUCAAAGCCAAUGGGGUACCAACGGUAAUAAUCCUGGACAAAACCAAUGGGGUACCAAUGGUAAUAACCCGGGACAAAACCAAUGGGGUACCAAUGGUAAUAACCCGGGACAAAACCAAUGGGGUACCAAUGGUAAUAACCCGGGACAAAACCAAUGGGGUACCAAUGGUAAUAAUCCUGGACAAAACCAAUGGGGUACCAACGGUAAUAACCCUGCACAAAACCAAUGGGGUACUAACGGUAACAACCCUGCACAAAACCAAUGGGGUACCAACGGUAAUAACCCUGCACAAAACCAGUGGGGUACCAACGGUAAUAACCCUGGGUCAAACCCAGUUCAAACUAGCACGACUGCAACGAACAGUGAACAGGAAAGCGAAGCUCAGCGCAACACAUGCAAUACGAGCUGUAGAGAAAAGAUUACAAACGAAUACAAUCCUGUAUGUGGAAGUGAUUCUCAAACAUACCAAAAUAGAAGAUUUUUAGAUUGUGUCGCCAACUGUGGUAUACCCACCGAAUUCAGUUACAUUGGUACUUGCGUGACGACAACUGAACGCAUCAAUCGCGCUCUAUGAAAUUUCAAGAGUUCACUGCUGUUUUAAUACCUAUUAAUAGAUAAAUAAAUGAUUAUUAUAUAAAUAUAAAUUUAAUUUUAAGAUCAUUUUUGUACGAUAAACGUAAUAGAUACAAUGUAAUAUGUUAUAUAUAUUUUGACAAAAUGAUAACGACUGUUUUACACAAAAUAUAUUAUAUAAAUUACCAA